AUGUUAGAACCAAAAGCACAACUAUACGAGAAUAACCGGUUCACUGGAAGCACCCCUAGUUUCACAUCAAUAAAUGCUUCCAUUUUACGCAAUUCACCUCCCCAUAGUCUUUCAGAAGAUGCUACUCCAAAAUUAGUAUCCAAUUCUAACAAUGAUCCAAUAGAUGAUAAGACUCCUUUGAUAGGAGCCGAUGGAUUCAUUGUGGAGACACAGAAGCAAAACUUAUUACCCCAACAAGAAUUGAGUAAUAAAUUCAAGAGGUUAUCUAUGAAGUUACAAAACAAGACAACAACAGGGGAUUCGCACCAAUUUAUGAAUAAUUUUCAACAAAAUAUUGAAAAAGCUAACAAUUUAAACGCGGGCACAAAUGAGCCAACACGCGAAAGUGCCUAUUACAAGAAAAUUCAUGAAACUUUUCAAGACGAUGAAGAACCUGAUGCACCUUCUCUGUGUGCACUGAGUAUAAAUAGUUCUUCUAGUAAGGUACCAUCAUCAGAUUCUAGCUCCUUUGAUUUUAAUACCAGCAAAGACGACUCAUUUGCCCUUAGUGGGAACCGAAUUAAAGCUGAUAAAACAAACAACGAAGAAAUACCUAUACGGAAAGACUUGCUUAGUCAAGUUGUUACUGAUACAAGAUUCAAAGAUUUGUCUGAAGAAGAAAAGAUAAAAUUAUUCAUUGCUACAAAGGGUAAAUUAAACAACAAUAACAGUAACACAGGGUUAAAUAUAGUUUAUGAUGAUAAUAAUGCUUCACAUUUGUCAUCUGACGGCGAAUCAGUUGCAUCUGAGACGUCAGUUAAUGGAACCAAUGCCGCAAAAGUCGCUAAAACUGCUUAUGAAGCAGCAACAAUGGCUGUGGCUGAACAAGAGGAAGAAGAUCUUUCCUCGCUAUUUAUCAGAGCAUUGCAUCCAUUUGAUUCAUCUUCUUUACAAUCAGAAGCUGAUGCUUCUAUAUGUUUAUCAUUUAACAAGAAUGAUUUAGCAUUUGUGCAUACCAUUGACGAAUCUGGAUGGGGUGAAGUAACAUUAAUUGAUUCUUUACAACGAGGAUGGAUUCCUAUGAAUUAUUUUGCUAUUGCAAUAGCUGAUGAUGAGGAUGAUUAUGAUAGUGAUGAUGAAACUAAAAUACCCAAUAGUCAUUAUUUAAAACCAUUAUUCCAUUCUUGUGGAAAAUUCCUUUUGAAUCCAUUAAGUUACAAGACCCGGAAUAACAAGUAUACCUUUUCAAUCAAGGUUGUUAAUUCAAUCAGAGAUGGUGUUAGAUUAUUAUUACAGGAGACAGAUUGUUUAUCGAGAUCAAAUGAGCUUGUAACUAAGAGACCGGUGGUACGAAAAUCAAGAAAAACAUUAUUAGCUGAUUGGUAUAAUCUUAUGGUCAAAGCCAAUGAAUUUAAAAACACUUCCAGUUUUAAUAAAAUUGAAGUAUUAACCUUGAUGGUUUAUCAAGUUGCUCGUAAAGCGGUUUCGUUCUUGGAAAUUUGGUCAGUUGAAAGUGCCAAAGUAGGACAGGCCAAACAACACGCCAAACCAAAAGCAACACAUGAUGGAUUCAUUAGUUAUUCUUUGCUUCCAAGCCCACCAUUGGCUAAACAAAGAAUCACUGAAAUAAAUGGAAUACUUUUUUCAUACUUGGGGUUAAUCUUAGGAAGAUUAGAUUUGAUUGAACAUAACCAAGUUGGAUGUGAUAUUUUGGAAACUAUCACCCAUCAAAUUAUUCUUUUGUUACGUGAAUUGUUAUAUAUUUCAAAAGUUGGCUCUGAUUUCACAUCCGAAAAACCUCAAGAUUUAGACGCUUCACUUGAUUGUUUAUUAUCAUUAGUUAGCGAGUUGGUCACUACGGUGAAAGCAUUAGUUUCCAAGACUUUUAAUGAAUCUGCCAAGGAAAAAGUUGAUUCAUUUGGGUCACCUCAAUUUAACGGAACUAGGGAUUAUCAUUACACUAAAGAAGGUGGAAACUUAAUUGUCAUUGCUUCUAAAAUGGUUAAAGCUAUCAGUAUGACAGUUACUUCAAUUAGAAAAUUAUUAGAUGUUACAGGAGAUUUCAAAUUAAAAGGUGGCGGGGAAAGAACUUAUCCCGAUUAUGGAAAAAUGAGAAUUGAACCCGAGGAAUUUGUUCGUAAAUGUUCAUUAGGUAUUGCGAAAAAUUUGAAUCAACCAGACAAUUUUAAAAAUUUUAGUGUGACUAAGCCAUACAAGUCAAACAGAUAUUCUUUGGUUAGAUCUGGAAAGUCCGGAGAUCUAGGUUUUACCGAAUCAGGUGCAAAUUUGAUGCAAAAUAUCUUGACUAAUGAUACAACCUCACCAUUUUCGAUUUCCACCCCUGAGUUUCAGCAAUUUGCUUCUUCAGAAUCAAAUGGUGCAUCUGAUAUUAAGAAUGAGUUGUUAGUUGAUUCGAGUGGUAAUUUAUUAGGUGCAUCAUUUAAGGGAUUGAUUUACACUCUUACAAAUGAGGAAGCUCCUCCGGAUUAUUUCUUUGUGUCAACAUUUUUUAUUUGUUUUAGAAGUUUUGCCAAUGGUAUUGAUUUGAUUGAAGAAUUAAUUUCCAGAUUCCAAAUGGAAAUACUCGACAAUAGUAUUGCAAUGAAAAAGAGAAGAAGAUUGAUUGUUAAAAUGUUCCAAAUUUGGAUGGAAUCGUACUGGAAUCAUGAUGCAGAUUACAGCUUGUUAACAACGUUGAUUAAUUUCUUUAAUGAAGGAGUUUGUAUUAUUUUGCCAUUAGACGGGUUGAGAUUAUUGGAAAUCGCAGCAAAAUUAUCUUCCCAUCCAUUAAUUGAAAACAAGAAACGUUAUCAUCGUGUCAAUAAUCAGUUGGUUAAUAGAAGCAUAACCAUUAAUAAGAAAAAAUUUGACCGUCCUCCUUCAAUUAUGAGUGACGAAGAAUCGGUAUAUUCCAUGGUUGACGGAUAUGAAUUAUCAAAAAUCAAUACUAAUUCGUCAACUUCAAACUCGAUAACAGCUUUGCCAUUACCAUUAGGUAUCGGGAAUCAAAAAUCUAAUGCUGGGUCAUUAUUAACCAAAUCACAAUUGCAUACUAUUGAAAAUUUGAAUGCUGCAUUUAGAUCAAUCUUGGGUGAUUCAUGGUGUGAAUCCAGCGACAAAAAGUAUAAACCGAUCGAACUAACUACUUUGAUUAGUAAUUGGUUUAAAAUUUGUGAUCAAACAUGGGUAUUAUCAAAUUAUCGUCCUAAUUUAUUGGAUUUCAAUGGACUAGAAAUCGCUAAACAAUUAACAUUAAUUGAAUCACAAAUAUUUUGUGCAAUUAAACCAGAAGAGCUUUUAAAUCAAAACUAUACUGCUAAACGUGCUCAUUUAAAAAUGGCUCCUAAUGUUCGCACAUCAUUAUUAUUUACUAAUUGCUUAUCAAGUUAUGUUUUAGAAUCAACUUUACAACCUAGGAUUCUGGAUAAAUUACGGGUUAAUAUUGUCAAGACUUGGUUAAAGGUUGCUAUUUCAUGUUUGUAUUUACGAAACUUUAAUUCAUUGGCUGCUAUUAUAACUGCAUUGCAAUCACAUUUGAUUACUAGAUUGGAUGGUUUAUGGCAAGAUUUAUCUGAGAAAUAUACUGAAUUGUAUGAAUAUUUAUCGAGCAUUAUACACCCCGAUAAGAAUUAUGCAGUUUAUCGAAGUAAAUUGAGAAAGUUUUUGGUUGCAAAUGAUUAUAACAUUCCGAUUGUCCCAUAUUUUUCAUUAUUUUUACAGGAUUUGACAUUUGUGACUGAUGGUAACCCAAAUUAUCGUAAAGCCAACACAUUUUUAAAUCAAAAAUUGAUUAAUAUCGACAAGUAUUUGAAAACUAGCAGGAUCAUUGCUGAUAUUGAAACAUUACAAAUUUCAUACUUGGAUACAGAGGAACACCAUCCAAAGAGAUACAGUUUCUUGAGUUUAAGUAAAACUAAUACUGGUGGCUCAGAUGGAUAUUUUAUUUCUCCGGUACCAGCGUUGCAAGAACUUAUUUUAUUAGAAUUGUGGAAAAUCAUUCAAUUAAACAAUAGCGAAGAAGACCGUGCUUGGAAAUUAAGUUGUGAUAUUCAACCUAGAGAUGUUAGCUAG